CUGAGCUAUGGACACCUGGACUGCCCUGCCCCAACAUUACCGUGCGGGGGUUGAGAUCAUAUUGCGUCAACCGUCAUUCUGCAGCAACCGCGCAAACCAUCGCCGCAAAUAAUAUGACCUGGGGAACGGCUGCAGUAUCUUUGACCAUUCCAUAAUCCAUAUAUCCAGCUGACUCGAGCGACCACGUACGACGAUACGGCAAUGACAGUUUGCCCCACCGCCCCCCGGCUGCCGCCCCGCUGGCCCUACACUCAUACCCGGUCUAGCCGUCGUGUGUCUACAUUCAUUUCAUACAGUAGAAGAAUGUCGUCCGCCACUCGCAACGUUCUUUCUAUGCUGCCGGCACUUGGCCGCGUUGGUGCCCAGCAGGCAGCCGGCGCUGCUGCAUCCCUGCUGUUCACCCGUGGCUAUGCCGACUUGUCUUCGCUGAAGAAGACGAUGCUGUAUGACUUCCAUGUGGCGCACGGAGGCAAGAUGGUGGAUUUCGCUGGCUGGGCGCUGCCUAUUCAGUACAAGGAUAGCAUCAUGGACUCGACCACGCACUGCCGUCAGAACGCCUCGCUGUUCGACGUGUCGCACAUGUGUGGUUUCUCGCUGAAGGGCAAAGACGCCAUCCAGUUCCUGGAGGGGCUGGUGGUUGGUGACAUCGCCGGCCUCAAGGACGGCACCGGCUCCCUGAGCGCCUUCACCAACGAAAAGGGUGGCAUCAUUGACGACACCGUCAUCACCAAGGUGAACGGCCAGCACAUCUACACGGUGGUGAACGCGGGCUGCCGCGACAAGGACCUCGCGCACCUCAGCAAGCACCUGGCGGCGGCCAAGUCCAAGGGCCUGGACGUGGCCAUGACGGUGCACGACGACCGCAGCCUGCUGGCGCUGCAGGGCCCCGCCGCCGCCGAGGUGGUGGCGGGCCUGGUGGCUCCGGGCGUGGACCUGAAGGCCAUGUACUUCUCCGACUUCAAGCCCAUCGACCUGGGCGGCAUCCCGUGCUGGGUCACCCGCACAGGGUACACCGGCGAGGACGGCUUUGAGAUCAGUGUGCCCAACAGCCACGCCGUGGCGCUGGCGGAGAAGCUCACCGCCAACAAGCGCGUGCGCAUGGCCGGCCUGGGUCCCCGCGACUCUCUGCGCCUGGAGGCGGGUCUGUGCCUGUACGGCAACGACCUGAACGAGGACCUGACGCCCGUGGAGGCGGGCCUGGCCUGGACCAUCGGCAAGCGCCGCCGCGAGAAGUUCGACUUCCUGGGCGGCGACAUCAUUAAGAAGCAGCUGGCGGAGGGCGUCAGCAAGCGCCGCGUGGGCUUUGUGAGCACCGGCGCGCCCGCCCGCCAGCACAGCGUGGUGAGCACCCCCGACGGCAAGGUGGUGGGCGAGAUCACCAGCGGCGCCUUCAGCCCCUGCCUCAAAAAGAACAUCGCCAUGGGCUACGUGGACAAGGACUUCGCCAAGGCCGGCACCGCGCUCAAGGUGGAGGUGCGCGGCAAGGUAAACGACGCCGUGGUGACAAAGAUGCCCUUCGUGCCCACGCCCUACUACAAGCGCCCCGAGCCCGCCAAGAAGUAAAGCGCUGGGUUGGAGAGCAGCAGCAGCUGCAGCAGCGCCAGUGCUGUAGGGGGCUUGAUGUGGAGGUUUUUGAAAGGACCGAAGGAGGCGGCGCUAGUGCGGAUCAGGUGGCGGUUGAUGGAUGUUGGCUUCGUCUUUUGGGUGUGGUGUGGAUCUAUAUCUUACUCGGACUCGAAAUACUGACGUGGUCAGGUUUUUGGCAAGGUGAGAAGGACAGUGCAAUUUUGUGUGAGCGCUGACCAAGUCGUGGGUCAGGUGGUGCAUGCGCAGCAUGUGCAGCGGUAGGGCGGCAAUCAGAACCAAGCACGUUUCACGGUUUCAGGUCAGGUCGCGGAUUACGAAUGGUGGUAGUGCUGAACACAGCCCCGGCGUAACAAGAUGCUGUGGUCCCCUGGCAGUCCCGCUCAGGAAGGGUCGAGCGCCCAGAGUUGGUAGUCUUAUAAUA